ACAUUCAACUUUUUUAUAGGCGUAUCAGGUUCCCCUUGUUUUAAACGGUAGAUAAGCCAGAUUUUUACUUUGCUUACUUCAUUGCCCCCAUAGAGGUCUGUGAUUGCAACGCUGUGAAUGGGAACAGCUGAAAGGGGUAUGGCGAUGGAACGACAGGGUUGCUGUGCUAUCCUAAACACAAAACGCGUUACAGUAAUAAUCUGUGUAUUAAUUCUUUUAACACUGGCCAUUGCUGGUUUCGCCGUGUUAAUUAGGACUACAGAAACUGGAGGAAGCCUUAAAUAUGUCUUUAUUACAAGAUGUAAAGAAUAUUUGGAAACGCAUGACGAAGUUAGAGUGGGUAUUGACUGCAAUGAAGUUUGGGAUGCAUUCCAGAGUUCAUUUGUAGCCAAAGACCCAUGUAAGAUCUCAGUAGAGGCUUAUGAUGGUCUCAUGAACACAGCAAAACAAAAGGUACCCUGCAAUGAGAUGGUGUUCUGGAGCAAAACCAAGCAGAUGGCUCACAAGUUCACACAAGCUAAAAAAUGCUUUAUGACUCUUGAAGACACCUUACUUGGGUUUAUUAUGGAUGGACUGACUUGGUGUGGCAGUCAAGAUGGCAAUGAUACAUACACUUCUGGUUGUCCAAACUGGAAUACAUGUGAACAAAAUCCUGUCAGAUCAUUUUGGAGCAGAGCUUCAGCACACUUUGCAGAGUCGGCAUGUGGCAAUGUCACAGCAAUGCUGAACGGCUCUAUCGAUAAACCUUUUAGUGCAAAAAGUAUAUUUGGCAGCGUCGAAAUCAAGAAGUUUAACCCAAUGAAAAUUAAUUACGUGAAUGUUGUACUGAUUGGCAGGGAAAAUUACCCGAUGUCCUGUAAGAAUGAUUCUUUACAAGAAUUAGAAAAGACUUUGAUCCCUAAAUUCAAAUAUACCUGUACAACAGUUCUGUUGUCAACAAUCCUGAAGUGUUUGGAAGAUCCCCAGAAACCAUGUGGUCCUUGCUGGGAUUAAAACAUUUGCAGUCAAAAAUGUGAAUAUUCAGAGACUCAUCUGGUAAAGUCUUUUAAGUGGCCUUACAACCCACAGAUGGGUGGUUCAAAUCUAGACUGCGCCAGAAGUGCCAGUUUCAUUUCAGCUAGUUGGAAACCUGCGAAUGUGAAUGUUGCGAAUAAAAAGCAACUUAUUUUCAUCUGCUGUGCUUACACACAACCCAUUUCAAGCAGUUCUUCUCACAAGACAAUUUUAUACACGAUUUCUGUACAUGAUAAGUGGGCUCUUGGAUGGAAUUUUGUCAGCAUAAAACAAAGUCAGAAAUACUGACCUUGUAGGACUAGGGCUUCUCUUUCUCUUACUUUACGAUUUACAUUUGCUUAUAUUGUUUAUUCCCCUGUACAAUUCUGACUUUACAUUACAUUUUAAGUUACAUUUAAGCCAAUUCAAUUAUAAAAAGUAUUAAAUCAUUUAUCAUAAAGUAUGACGUAUAUACUGUAUAUAACAUCAGUAUUGAUUUCUUAAUACUGUACAUAUCAAGGGUUAUAAUUAAUGAUUUUAUCACAACUGUUUUCUUAGAGGGUUUUUUAGACUGGUAUAGAUUUUUUUUAAUAUAUAUUUGACAUAAAAAUGGACAAAUGGUAGAAUUAUUUUUCCACUCUUUUUAUACUGUUCUUUGCCCUUUGUGCACUAAAAGAACAUUUAGUAUACGUUAGGGCAUCUCUGGAGAAUAACCAGAAGUAUUAGUGAUCCCAUUUUAUAAAUUUUGAAUGACUGUUGCACACAAACAGUGGAAUUUGAUUGCAAUAUCCACAGGUUUCCUUGCAGUUAUGAAUUCAAGAAAUAACUUCCUUCUUCAUGAUUUACAGAUAACUGAUUUCAAACAACAUGACAUUUUUUGCCUGUUUGAUUUUGGGGUAAAUGGUCUUUGCUCAUUUAUAUUUUUUGAAGUAGAAGUGGAGGACAAAGCUGGUAUUUUUGACAAAUAAAUGAUCAAAAGACAAA